AUGGCUUCGGUUACCUCGCUGGACAAAGACUUGCGCAACAUGCGCCUAUCCCGCUAUACCCCGCAGGCAGCCGCGGAGGUACGUGACUGGAUCGAAGAGGUCCUGCGUGAGAAACUCCCUUCAAGUGAUCUGUUAGAAGGCCUUAAGGAUGGAGUGGCACUUUGCAAAUGGAGAAUAUCUCGCACUUCCUACGCGCGUGUCAAAUGGCACCACUCGGCCUCCCCCCCGCACGAUGUCUUUCUCACUGUCGAUCUCUAUGAAGCAAAGGAUCCGGCGCAGGUCCUCCAGUGUCUGGCAUCGUUUAGCCGCCGGGCUAAUACCCUUCACCCAGGCAUAUUCCCGCGUUCGGUUGGCCCGCAAAGCAAACGUGGAGUGGUCAGUCCAAAUGCGACGGGCUCCUCCAGCCAGGGGUCGUAUACCCCACGAACCGGCCGUGCUUCCAGCAAUGCCAGCGACGCCAAUCCAAAUAAUCCCGGUCGAAUGAGUCCUUCUAAGCCGUCUGGAUCUUACAGCUCCUGGAGUAAGAAGAAUGACCAGGGCUCCACGGCCCCCGCUUGGAACAUUCACCAAUAUGGCUAUAUGGGUGGAGCCAGCCAAGGCAAUCAAGGCAUUGCAUUUGGGUCUCGACGGCAAAUUACUACCCCAAGCCCGGCUGUGCCGAGCUUAGCAGAAAAGGAAAAGUACAGACGUGAGGAAGAUGAGAGAAUUCGUCAAGAAACUGCGAGACAGGAAGAGGAACAACGAGCUCGCCAACGAGAGAUCGAGGAGCAGGAAGCCCAGGCCAAGAUUGAAGAAGAGCGCCGAUGGAAGGAGCAGACAGAACGUUUGAGAGAAAAGGAACGCCUAGAAAUGGAAGAUGAGAAGAGACGGUGGGAUGCAGAGAAGCGUCAGUGGGAGGAAGAAGAACAGCGACGGGUCGCGGAAGAGAAAGCAACCGAGGAGCGCCUCGAGCAAGACCGCCAACGCCGAAAGAGUGCUACCGAUGCUCGUCUCAAUGGACAAUUCCUCAGUCAAUACCAAGCGGGCCAGCCUGGUGCGGAGCUGGCAGUCGAAGAAACACCCGAGAGUCGGCGCAUCAAGGAACUCGAACGCGAACUGGAGCUGGCCAAAGAAAGAGAGCGUCAGUAUGAGACUGAUCGAUCGGGACUCCAAGUCCAAAAGAGUGGCAACGAAUCUCGAUCUCGUAGCGGUAGCCGUCAACGUCCCGUUCCAGUACCCCCCAAACCAAGCUACGACCUCUCCUCUCUUGAACAGGAACGCCGCAUGCUACGCACGGAGUGGCAGAAUACACAAGAAAUGCCAGCAGCGCAGGAGCAACCAGAGGAGGUUGAAGAGCAAGCCCCGCCUCCACCUCGUCGACCACUCCCACAGCCAGGGCCUUCAUCUCAGGCAGUGCCAUCACUCCCACCUAGAGAUCUACCGGCUGCCCCUCGUCCUCUUCCGGACCCGGUUGCAUAUUCCGCGAAUCUUGGCCGAGAGAGUCGUGUCGAUCGCUUCCUCUCCUCUAACCCAGCACCUCAGGCUGCUGCUCCAUCCUCUCAUAGACCUCAAGACUACAGCACAACAUCAGAAGUCGACGCAGAGAACAGCCGCCGUAUUGCGUCCCAGCAAAAGACCAAGGCCGGCGGCUGGGCAUCGAAAUCCCUGCUUGAGCGUGAAAUGGAGCGCGAGCGCGAGCGCCAGCGUGAAUGGGAAGAAAACCAAGAACAUACCCAGGCUGCUGCGCGCGAUAACACUAUGGGCUCGGGGCCCGGUCAAACCUGGGACGUUCAUCAAUACGGGUACCUCGGCGGCGACAACCAGAACCGCGGUGGUGUUGGAUUGGGCGUUGGGGGUGCCCGUCGUCAAAUCAUCGGACCUCGGCCUCCGCCAUAA